CACCCUGUCUCCGCAUUUCUCAGUUCCUUCUUCGUUGACACUGCUGGGUGCCCCAGGAAUGCCACCAUGAAUGAGACCUGAGUGUCCCAACCCCUGAGGAUUGGGGAGGGGAGCACAGAAAAGGAGACACGUGAAGAGGGUCUGCCCCCAACCCACAGCGUGAGGGAGUCCAGAAGCCAAACGUCACCACAGGGUCUCUGCCAGCUUGGCCAUGAACCUGGAGCUGCCCAAGGCCGAGAUCCGGUCGGCCACCAGGGUGAUUGGGGGUCCUGUCACUCCCAGGAAAGGGCCCCCAAAAUUUAAGCAGCGGCAAACCAGGCAAUUCAAGAGCAAGCCCCCCAAGAAAGGCAUCCAAGGGUUUGGGGAUGACAUCCCUGGAAUGGAAGGCCUGGGAACAGACAUCACGGUCAUCUGCCCGUGGGAGGCCUUCAACCACCUGGAGCUGCACGAGCUGGCCCAGUACGGCAUCAUCUAGCAGCAGACCUUGUCCAGGUCCCCCGAUGCUCCCCUCUGCCGCCCACCCCGACCCCUGUUUAGGAUCCUUGUGAGGAGGCCUGCCCCUCCAACAGUGUCCAGAUUGCCAGGUUUUGUUUGAAGACCCUCGAAGGGCGACAACCUCAGGUCCCCAGAUACCAGGCGCCCACCACCUUCCUAUAGGAUGCCCUUUUGGGGCUGGCCAGGCCCUGCUUAACUUCCAGAGACACUGGCCCGCAUUUGCUGACUCCAUUUCACAAUAAAAUUAUGUGCCCCCACUGA